CUAUUAAAAGACCCCGGAUCCCAACAGGCUCUUCGUGGUGCUGGUCAGAGUGAGAGCCUGGGGUCUGUGAAUGGACGAGGAGAAGAAAGGGUUUAAAGCUGGUUACCUAACAGGAAAACCUUUGACUUUUCUUCUGGGGGCUUAACUCCUCAUAUGCACUAUGGCUGUCCCAUCUGUGAUGGUAUUGCCCUUGCUGGUGGUGGUGUUCGCUGGAAUCUACUACUUUUACCACGAGAUCAUCCACUUCAUGUCCAAGUCCAUAGUGCAGAACAAAGUGGUGGUGAUUACAGAUGCCGUAUCUGCAAUGGGAAAUGAGUGUGCCAGGCUGCUGCAUGAAGGUGGUGCCCAGUUGGUGUUGUGUGGACCUAACUGGGAUAAGCUGGAGUCUCUCCAAGACUCACUGUGCAGUGACUCAGACCCCAGUAAAACCUUUCCACCCAAGUUGGUGUUGCUGGACUUCAGUGAUAUAGACAGAAUGGAGGAUGUGAUUACAGAGAUCAGCGAAUGCUACGGCUACGUGGAUGUGCUCAUAUGUAACGGCAGCAUGAAGGUCAAAGCCCCAGUACAGAGCCUUUCACUGGAGAUGGACAAAAUCAUCAUGGACGUCAACUACUUUGGGCCUGUCACUUUGGCAAAGGGUAUUCUGCCGUUAAUGAUUGCCAGGAGGACAGGUCAUUUCGUAAUCGUCAACAGCAUCCAAGGGAGACUUGCUGUCCCGUUUCGCACCUCCUUCUCUGCCUCCAAGCAUGCAGUGCAGGCCUUUUUCGACUGUCUGAGAGCAGAAGUGGAGGAGUACGGCAUCUCUGUCAGUACAAUCAACCACACGUUCAUCAACGCUUCAGCCCAGGAAGCCACCCCCUCCCUGUCUCAGCCCACCAACGCCCUGUGGGCAUAUAUUUUAAGCAAGUUUACCACUCACGGUGUGAGCCCUAAAUCCCUGGCGUAUGAGGUUGUGCGAGUGGUGAACCGCAAGAGGAGAGAGGUGCUCCUGGCUCACCCCAUCCCCUGGGUAGCUCUCUACAUCCGCUCACUCAUGCCCAGCUUCUUCUUUUCUGUGGUGGCAGCGGGGGUGAAGGAUGCGGCUAUGAAUCAGCAGCUGAAAUAGAUCCAUACAUCACAUGCUAGUGAACGACUGAGGGACUUCUGCUGUUCCUCUAACAAUGUGUCAUUAGAACAUGCUUUGAGCUAUAAUUCUCGCAUUGAUGUAUGACCUCUGAUGCAAUACAGGAACAGUGGCUUGUGAUUUGGAGGACAAUGUUUCAGGGCUUAGUCCAAGCGAUGACCUAUUUGCUUUAUUUGGCUGGUAAAACAUUACAUGCGCUGUAGUGUCUGCUCUAAAUAUCUUGGCAUAUGCGCUAGAUUUUCCAUUAUUUUUUUUGUUACUAAACAUAGCAAUUUGUGCCAUGGUAUGGGGAGAAUAGAUUUCGGUCUCGUAUUCAUUCACAUUCUUUUGGCACUGAGUAAGAUCUUCAUGUUUGUCUUCUAUGCCUUGUAGCUCAUUUUGGUUUUGGAAAGUUUCAUCAGUAACACACACACACACACACACACACACACACACACACACACACACACACACUUUAGUCUAAUAUUUGCCUUCAGCUGCCUGCUGACGUGGGAGCAGUUGUCAAGCUGGUGAAGAUAAGCUUCUUCACUUUCAGGCCUUAAAAACAAAACACAUUUCACACAGUUGCUGAAUCCUGCAGAUGGCGCUAGAGGACUUUUAUGCUGCAACACCGGGACAAGCAAAUUACUGCCACCUACUGAACAUUGCUCGCUGAUAACCAGUUCACUCAUGUACAGUACACUCUAUGCUUUGCUAUGUGUUGUCAUACUGUAUGAUCCUUGUGAUGUGCUUUCUUUCAUGCAAUAAUAAUAAUAAUAAUAAUAAUAAUAAUAAAAACAACAAUAAAGUUUA